AGACGGUGAUCUUCUCAUUUUGAUUUUGCUGUACUGCCCUCUGCUGGCCAUCACAUGCAAAGCCCUUCGCUUGAGAAUGAGGCCGACUGGUGAAAAUCACCGCGGUCCCUAAAGUCUCCCACCCGCCUCCAUUCAUCCUCCUGCUCGCGUCGCCGUCCGUCGCUAAGCACCGGGACCCCGAGACUCUGGGACCCCGAGACUCUGGGACUGAGACUCUGGGACCCCGAGACUCUGGGACCCCGAGACUCCGGGACCCCGAGACUCUGGGACUCUGGGACCCUGAGACUCUGGGACCCUGAGACUCUGGGACCCUGAGACUCUGGGACCCCGAGACUCUGGGACCCCGAGACUCUGGGACCCCAGGACUCUGGGACUCUGAGACUCUGGGACCCUGAGACUCUGGGACUCUGGGACUCAGAGACUCUGAGACUCUGGAACCCUGAGGCUCUGGGACCCCGAGACUCUGGGACUCUGAGACUCUGGGACUCUGAGACUCUGGGACCCUGAGACUCUGGGACCCCGAGACUCCGGGACCCCGAGAUUCCGGGACCCUGAGACUCUGGGACCCCGAGACUCUGGGACUCUGGGACUCUGAGACUCUGGAACCCUGAGGCUCUGGGACCCCGAGACUGGGACUCUGAGACUCUGGGACCCUGAGGCUCUGGGACCCCGAGACUCUGGGACUCUGAGACUCUGGGACUCUGAGACGCUGGGACUCUGAGACUCUGGGACCCCGAGACUUUGGGACUCUGGGACCCUGAGACUCUGGGACCCUGAGACUCUGGGACCCUGAGACUCUGGGACCCUGAGACUCUGGGACUCUGGGACUCUGGGACCCUGAGACUCUGGGACUCUGAGACCCUGGGACCCUGAGACUCUGGGACCCCGAGACUCUGGGACCCUGAGACUCUGGGCCUCUGGGACUCUGAGACUCUGGGACUCUGAGACUCUUGAGACCCUGAGACCCCGAGACUCGGGGACCCCGAGACUGCAGGACACCGAGACCCCGAGGCUCCGGGACCCUGAGACUAUCGGGAACCCAAGGCUGCAGGACCCCGCACCGUAACGACAAGAGGAGGCCCGGGACACAUCAACGAUAGCUCUGUGGCGCCCCCUGACUCACCACGCGUGGAACAGAGAGAGUUGAACGGCAUUACCUCCCUCGCCAAUGCAGGUUACUUUAAAGACAACUUGACCGUCACUGCUAAGAGUGCGUGCCAAAAAAAAUAUUCAGCUAUAUACACAUCGUGGCGCUCUUGCUUAUGCAGUAGUUUUUAGUAUCCAAGUAUCCUGCCAUCAUUAGCAAGGUUGUUUUCUAUCAACAUUACUUUAAUAUUGUAAAUAUUGUAGCAGUUUGUGAAGAUGAUUUAUCAGCUUGCAGCUGGAAUGGGUGAUUUCGUUCAAAUCAAGAACAAUUUAAUAUAUUGUCAGGCACUAAGGUGAACUCCUCUCGCUUUAGUUGCUCCAGUUAUAAUCCCAUCAUCACAAACAUCUUAAAAUUACUGUUAUGGUUUCCAUGAACUUAAGCCCAUGAGCACCGCUCAUUGUGCCGCCGCUGUAGACAUCAUCUCCGUACCAAGUAGAUAACGGCAGUGGCAAGGAUCCCCGUCGACCAUGAACGUGCCAAUGCUUCUCAACGGCGUCCUCCUGCCGGUGCUGGCGGCCGUACUCUGGCAAUAUGUGCGCGUGCAUGAGCGCGCCAGCCAGGCGGAGGAAGAGCUGCGAGCCGCUCGCGCCAGCCCGCUGCUGUCGCCCGCCGACUACACCGCCGCGCUGGACGAGCUGCACGCCCUCGGCACCGCUGCCGUCUGCACCGGCAAGGUGCACACCGACCGGCUGUGCCGCUUCCAGCGCCUCUGCUAUUGGUCGGACGCCGACGAGUUCGUGUUUUUCCACGGGCCCGGCUCGGUGGCGCUGCCCAGCCUCGGCGCCCGCCGAUUCCAGCCGGCGCUCAUGGAUUUGUCGUCCGUCGACGAUCACAACACGCAGUACUUUAAUUUCGUCGACAUGCCCGUGUCAGCCCUGGGCGGCCUGCCCCAGCCCGUCUUCCUGUCUGACCCGGCGUUGAUCUUCAACCGUUUCAACCCAGGCAACAUCAUGCACGUUCUUCACGACGAUCUGCUCCCGGCUUUUUACACCCUACGACAAUUUGGCGAGCUAGGCAAUGAGGCCAGGCUGAUCUUUUCUGAAGGCUGGUCGGAGGGUGCACACUUCGACCUGUACAUGUUGCUCACAGACCGCCGCCCGCUGCUCAGAGAAGACCUUGCCAGACUGGGUCCAUUAGUUUGCUUUCCGCGUGCAUACGUGGGUGUCAGUAAGCUGGUGACUUGGUACCAGUAUGGCUUCACACAACCGCAGGGGCCUAAGCCCAAUCUCCUGGUAUCGGGAAAUGAGGUCCGACACUUUGCUGACUUCAUCCGAGAGAGACUGAACGUGUCCGUACCAGAGUUCAACUUCAGUGAACAAAACAGCGCGAAUUUAGGUUCUCAGGACAGUGACUGUGACACAAAUUCCAAGACUGAGUGCACCAUUGCGUCCGGUGAGAAACCAGCAGGGACGAGCCCCAGCUCUCUCGGUUCUACCGCUGACCACGGGCAAAGUGCAGAAAACAACCCUGUCGGCAAUGCCGUGACUGGCCACUCGGUGGUUCUGUUCCGGCGGACACUGAACCGGCUGAUCCUGAACGAAGCAGAGCUGAUCGUGGCCCUGGCACAGGAGUUUUCCACGCGUGUGCUCGUCGUGUCUGAGGAGUCCCACUCCUUCCCCGAGCUGGUGCGAAUUCUGAGCGGCGCGUCCGCCCUCGUUGGCGUCCACGGCUCCCACCUCGCCCUCGCCGCUUUCUUGCCGCAGGGAGCAGCUCUUGUGGAGAUUUUCCCGUACGGCGUGAAUCCGACGCACUACACGCCGUACCGCACGCUCUGCGGCCUGCCGGGAAUGGGCCUGGUGUACGCGGCGUGGAGAAACGAGCGGCGCGGCGACUCGGUGGCGCACCCGCAGCGGUCGUGGGAUGAGGGUGGCAUCGCCCACCUGCCCCCGGCCGAGCAGGAGCGCAUCGAGCGCAGUGCCGAGGUGCCCCCCCACCUCUGCUGCCGCAAUCCCGAGUGGCUCUACCGCAUCUACCAAGACACACGUGUCAACAUCCCGUCCUUCCUGGCGACGGUACGAGCGGCGCUGGGCGACCGUCCUCCCUCCCCGAGCGAUGCCCCCGCGGUUCCCGUCAUGUUCCCGGGCCGCGUGAGGGCCGCUCGCUGCGAGGCUGUGAACCGACAAGACGCCGGCUCCCAGGGGACAGCCACGGGCUCCGCAGCUGGCCUCCUCGUGUCGUGGGAACCACCGUGGAAUCUGCCCUUUCUCAAAGUGCCCUCGCACGAGGUGCGUUACGAGGUGUGGAUCCAGGAGCUGGGCGAGAACACGUACACGCCCUACAUCCUGCCCGUCCUCAACCACACGUUUCGCGAGCACGUUCGCCCGCACGCCACCUACCACGUGUGGGUCCGUUGCCUGCUCGGGGAGGCCCUGCAGGGACCCUUCGCGGAGGCCCUCGUCUGCAACGCCUGAGCAACGACGCAAGUUUUUGCACGGGCGGGCAUCGCACGUCGGCGAGGGCUCGCGCGGGAGUGGCGCGCGGGAGUGACGCGCGGGAGUGACGCGCGUUCACGGGCGUUUGCGUUCGUGUGCAUAUAUACCCGUCCGUGGAAACCGUCACGUGGAAAUAACAAUUCGUAAACGGCUCUUCUGAACAAUCGCACGUGCGCGGUACAGCGCCUUUCCGCCUUUCUAAAUGGAUACACCACAGUCUACUGGCAGGUUGUGUGUGGUGGAGGGUAGUGUGGGUAUACCCCCAGCUGUAUCAAAAACGGCUGGCCAGUGUGGAUGAGGAGGCUAAUACAUCCUCUGGGGGAGCUCCCCAGAGCUCCCUUGAAGCCAAGUCCGUUCUGCCGGCAGUGGCGUAAGGAAGCAAUUCCCAGGCUGUAUCUUUACCUUUUACGACCCCUUUGUCAAUUCACUUUUAGAUGUCGACCUCCCCACACCGUGCUGGGUCAUGGGGGUUAUUUGAUCUUACUUCACUUCACAAGUCAGUGUGGGUUGGUGAAAGUGAGGAACAUAGAAUCUGAGAGCAUAUUACAGUACAACAGAGUCCAUGACGCAGCCCCACAGCAUCUCCAACACCUGUUUUGUGCAUGCUUGCCUUCCAUCCAUUUACUAUCCAAACUCAUCACUGCAUAGCGCAUCCAGGAUAAAUAAACAUUCUGAUUCUGAAUACAUUCAAUAUUGUUAUUAUUUAUAAAAUUUGUAGUUUUCACCCAUGAAGUUUGGGGCGCCGCGGUGGUGAGAUGUUAACUCUCUUGCCUGGUAUGCAGGAGAUCGUAGGUUCAAUCCCGACCCUGACGCCUGGAUAUUUGGAGUCUCAAUGUUCUCCCCGUGGUCACGUGCUAU